AUGAGUGUAGCAGAAAUUGUCAUAUUCUCUGUUGGGUUGUUAUUCUCGAUUCUAUCCCAUUGUAUAGCAUGGGCAAUUCAUACAAAGGUGUCCAGGGUUCUCGAAAGAUUAAAGGACUGUGACGACAAUUUAAAAUCCGCUGCAAAGCUAGUAGAAAAUAGUUCGAUCACCGGGUCGGUGCUUCAGCUGAGUGCUGAGCAGCUGCGAUUCGACCCAGAUGUGAACGAGUUUGAAAGAGAUGUGGCUGUCCUAAUGCUUAAAGAUGUGAGCAACUAA